AGUAUAGGUUUACAUUUAAACUAAAGAAGUUUGAGUCAUAUGAGUUCUGAAAUUAUAGGAUAUUUUUUUCAUCGCACCUGUAGGUGAUAGUGAAAUUUUCAUCGUUUGUUAUGCAUCUCACAGUUUCCACAUUUGAAAAUGAAAUUUCCCAAAUAUAAUGAAGGUGGAUCCUCCACUUAUGGAACAAUUCGACUGGAAGAGAAAAUAAAAUUUGCUGCAACAUUCGAAGAUGCAAUAACAGCAACAAGAUUCGGAAAAUUCAACAUAUUCCUGAUUCUUGUGUCAAUUCCGGGAAGAUGGUCCAACUUGUUCGAAACGACUACCAUGUCAUACGUAUUUCCUGCAGCUCAAUGUGACUUAAACCUCAGUUUGGGUAACAAGGGUGUACUCAACGCAAUCACUUAUCUAGGAAUGAUGUCUAGUGCUUUUUUCUGGGGCUAUCUGUGCGACACGCUAGGAAGAAGGAAAUUGAUGAUCACUGGGUUUUUCCUUGACGCUUGCUUUGUUAUUAUUAGUUCCAUGUCACAAACAUACGAGCUACUCGUGGUGACCAAAUUUUUAGGGGGAUUCAUUAUCAACGGCCCCUUUGCUGCCUUGACAUGUUACCUAUCGGAAUUUCACAGCUCCAAAUACAGAGCUAGAGUUCAAAUGGUUCUUGGACUGGUCAAUAGUACAGGAUCAAUUUUUUUACCAUUCAUAGCAGGAUUAAUAUUGCCAUCUGAUGUACAGUACAACCUCUUCCACUAUUUAAGAAUACAUUCUUGGAAUAUUUUCUUGCUGGUUGCAGCAUGUCCUUCCUUAAUUGCAGGAUGUAUAUUUCUACUUUUACCAGAAAGUCCAAAGUUUCUGAUGACCAUUGGGAGAAAUGACGAGGCUAUGAAAGUGAUGCGAUCAGUUUAUAGCAUCAAUACAGGACAACCUCCUGACACAUAUCCUAUCAAAAGUUUGAUAGCCGAAAAACAACAGGAGCAGGCAGAUUCUAACGGAGAAUACAAAAGAGACUCGAAGCAAGCUUUGAAAGAAGGUUGGAGUCAGAUAAAACCUUUGUUUAUUCCACCACUCUUGUCGAACAUGUUGCUGGUAUGUGGUUUGCAAAUGUUAAUUAUGAUGAGUCUCAACACUCUGAGAUUAUGGCUACCUCAAUUGUUUCAAGCUAUAAAUGAUUUUGAAUACUUCAAUAAUGGUACUUCGGCACCCUUGUGUACAAUGUUGGAUAUGAUAAGGCCACAGCCUCGAAACAUAUCUGCAGUUCCCGAUAUACACACGUGUGUGGUGAAUAACAAUAACUCUAAGGUGUAUACCAAUGUUAUGAUAGUUUCCACAGUAACUGUUUUGGGAUAUAUUGCAGCAGGAUCUCUUAUCAAUAUUUUAGGAAAGAAAACAUUACUAUUUAUACUUGGCACAGUAUCUGGUAUUGGUGGAUUCUGUUUAUAUUUUGCAGAGAGUUCCAAUGAAACUUUGAUAAUAUCGUCUAUAUAUAUUGCAUUUGCAAGUAUUUGUGUUAACGUAAUACUCAGCGUUGUUGUGGAUCUAUUUCCAACAACCUUAAGGACAAUGACUGUUUCCUUAACUAUGAUGGUUGGAAGAAUGGGCGCUAUGUCUGGAAACUUGAUAUUUCCCUACUUGUUGAAACAAGGAUGUGCACCACCUUUCGUUUCUAUAGGAGUUGGCAUUUUAAGUGUUGCAUUUAUUGGGCUUCUUCUACCUGAUACCGAAAUGAAGGCACUCCAAUGACACGAGAUAUUCAAGGAAUAUAUGUCAAUUUUGAACAAAAAACCGAAAAAAUUAUUGCAUAUCAGUUUCAGUAUUGUUGAAUUUGCUAAUUAUUAAAAGUUGUUUUCUUUUUUACGAUUCCUUUACAUUCAAAGAAUGAAUAAAAUCUAUUUGUAUAUCA